AUGACGACAUCCCAACAGAAAGAUGCUCCAUCCUGCACCUCACAUCCUCAGGAUGAGGGUCCCGACUCGCUGCCAGACAAGCUAACCAGUGUCUAUCAUUAUUGUGGCUACGCGUUGAACAUCACUCGAGACUUUGGUGCUGGCAUUGGUGUGGCCAGUGCAGUCUGGGAAGCGGCUCGCUUCCUUUGCCAAUACUUUGAGAGUAUGAAAAUCACAUUCACUGGGAAGAAGGUGAUUGAAUUGGGUUCUGGCACUGGGCUUGUUGGAAUACUAGCAGUCCUGUUAGGUGGAGAUGUGACGUUGACAGACCUGCCACUCGUCCUGAAUCAAAUCAAAGACAACGUGUCCGCUAACAUCCCACCUGCUGAGUUACACCGUACAAAGGUCCAUGCACUGUUAUGGGGGGAAGACCAGAAGUUCUUCCCGAAUGACUAUGAUAUCAUCCUGGGCUCAGACAUUGUUUAUCUGGAAUGUGGCUACCCCUCACUAAUACAGACAUUGCAAGAUCUCAGCAAUGAAAACACUGUCAUUUACCUCUCUUCAAAUAUAAUGCAUGAGCUUGGAGUUGACCGGUUUUAUAAUGACCUUAUAACCCAGUAUUUUGAUUGUGAAGUGGUUUCCAGAAGCUCAGACAAAUAUAUCAACGUGUUCAAAAUAACCAAACGUUGUCCAGAUCCUGGAGAUAAGAACAAGGAAUCUAAAGCCUAA